ACUAAAUGAAAAAGUUAGAGACCAAAACAGUAAAAAUGAUAAUAGGAACGCUCGUGACUUUGAAAAAAGUGGUUGGAAAUAUAAGGACGACAAAAUGCCUGAAGGGCUCCGAUCUACUUCUAAGAACAGUUCUGCUUUCAACUCCAUGGCUUCCAGUUCUUUUGCGGCCAACGGUUUGGCGACAGAUUUGCAGAGGAAGACAGAGAUCUCGGAGAUCUCGGAAACACCUUCAAUGGAGGACAAAGAGUUGGAAAUGGAGGACAAAGAGUUGGAAACACCUUCAAUGGAGGACAAAGUGUUGGAACCACCUUCCAGAUUGAAAUCACAUGUAAAGGAGAUAGUGCAAAUGUUGAAAAAUCACGCCACAGAUAUUGUUCUGACUGGGAAAGCUGGAGUUGGGAAAACUUGGAUCGCCAAAGAAGUUUGCAGGUGUGCAAGGGAGAAAUGGAAAUGCUAUGCAACUAUUUGGAUAUAUCUAGACCAAGUACAUGACGAGACUUCUCUUUAUGAAAGCAUUGUCUGUCAGUUGCCUACUGGUGCAGAUGAGUGGCAAGGUUAUGGUAAAGAUACGGAAGAGCAGGAGAUUACUGUGGAAGGCUUGAAGAAGGAGAUAAAAGCAAAACUUGACGACGAAAUGGAAGCAGAUGACUAUCUUCUAUUGGUUCUGGAUGGCGAAGGAAAUAAAAUGAAAAAAGAUGAUAUCCUGUGUUUGAAAACUGUUCUUGACAGGAAGCAUAUUAAGGUUCUACGCACAAGAAGGGAAAGUAAAGGUACUAUUACGGAAGAAGUGAUUGAGGUUAAACCUCUACUGGGCAGAGAAGCAGUGAAUUUGUUACAAAUGGGGAGAAUGUUUCCUGUUUCGUCUGGUUUUAAAAUAUUAUGUGGGGCCGUUGAAAAGCUGGACAACGUUUUGCCUAUUGAUAUCAUCAUGUUAUUGGGAGCCUUAAACUGCAUUGCAGAACAGAAUGCUGGAGCCACCAAAGUAGAGGAUGGAGCCACCAAAGUAGAGGACGCCAUGAUUGCAGCAGCUAAUGGUCUGUCAGAAUUUCUGGAGGGUCCACUUGCAGGAAAAGAUGCUGGAGUCUCAAAAUUCGAGGCUGCUUUAAAUGCUGCACCUAAUGGUCUUACAGAAUUACUGCGUUGUGCAGUUGAGGUGUUAGAAGCCAAUGAAAUCCAGGGAUUUGAUGAUUAUCCAACUGGCAUUGAAGAUGUUCUCAAGCAAGCUGAAUGUGUCCUAUUGGUUGACAAUAAAUUUUUGAGUUGCAUCUCUGAUUUACAUCCAGAGAACUUGAAGGGUAUGAAAAGCUGUUGGCUAGAGAGGUGUACGGAAGUGAAGAGCAUUUAUGAAGAGCAAUAUACAGAUUUGAAACUGGGGGAAAAAAUGGAGUUUGCAGAAAACCUGGAGAUCCUACGGAUUUCAACCUUACCAAAAUUGAGGAGUUUCUAUGAGGGGAAGGCGCAGCCCUUCUCGAAUCUGAAAGAAUUGUAUAUUGAUUACUGCCCUAUGCUUGAAACUGUUUUCUCCUCGAAGCAGGUUCUGGAAAACCUCGAAACCCUCCAAAUCAAAUUUUGUGCUAUCCUGAAGGCAGUAUUUGGACAGAGUAAAACACCGGACGGUAGUAUGCAGUUUGCAACUGCUAGGAAGCUGAAGCAUCUAUAUAUAUGCCAUUGUCCAGGGCUUGAAACUGUUUUCUCUUCAAAUCAGAUUCUGGAAAACCUUGAAACUCUCCAAAUCAAAUUUUGUGGUAUCCUGAAUACAGUAUUUGGAAAGGGUAAAGCACCGGACGGGAGUGUGCAGUUUGCAAGUGCAAAACUUGAAACUGUGGAAAUAAAGCUUUGUGAUAAACUAGAGAGUGUGUUUGGAAGUGAGGAAUCAGCCACCUCUGAAUUAUUGAAGUUAAGCAAAAUGGAUCUGUCAGAACUGCCAGAGUUGAGAACCAUUGGUGUUAAGUUGCCGAACUGUGUACCACCAGGGGGGGAUGUCAUCAAUUGCCCAAAACUACUAAGUCCAGAGAAUUCCAAACCAACAAAUGCAUCAGAGGAAAUUACUGAAGUUGGUGAUCAUUGAGUCAGAAGACAAAGGCCUAUACAGACUUUCAUGAG